CGCCCGGAAACACAGUUGGAGCCUCGUUUGUCAUCACGCUCUCAACAUGGCGGUGAAUCUUCUAGACCUCUCCCUCCCUCAGCUGGAGGGACUGAAAAACCAACUGGACCAGGAGGUUGAAUUCUUAACAUCUUCCAUAGCUCAGUUCAAGGUUGUCCAGACCAAGUACGUUGACGCAAAAGAUAGUUUGAAUGUCCUGAACGCAAACAAUAAAGGAAAGGAGCUGCUUGUACCUCUCUCCAGCUCUAUGUAUGUCCCAGGAAAAUUAAAUGAUGUGGAAAAUGUCUUAGUGAAUGUGGGAACAGGAUAUUAUGUUGAAAAGAAUGUGGACGCCUCAAAAGGAUUCUUCAAACGCAAAAUAGACUUCCUCACCAAGCAGAUAGAGAAAAUUCAACCAACUCUUCAGGAAAAACAUGCAAUGAAACAAGCUGUGAUUGAAGUAAUGAACAUGAAGAUCCAGCAGUUACAACAGAACCAACAAGGAUCACAGAUGGCUGGGACCACCAAGGCCUAAUGAUGUUUGAGCUCUGUGAUGGGGGCAUUUUUAUUGUUGUCCACAAAUGACAAGCAUCUGGAAUGCACAAAGCUUAUUUCAAGUACAAUUAUGUUACUGUCACAUUGAGUAAAAAAAAAAAAGUGUACUUCAUGACUUUUAAAUUGUUACCGAGUGUCGAUGUAGGCUUGAUAAUUAAAGUGAUUACUGUGGACUCAAA